AAACACAGCGGUUAAAUGUGUGUUUUUAACUCCGUGUGUCGGAUUAAUCUCACCUGGAGCUGACCGGUCUGUGAGUUUUACUCUUUAUUCCUGUCCAGAGGAGAGACAGUUACUGAGGAAAUGAAAAGGGAAGGAAAUUACGUGUGCAGGUGCUCUUCGUGUGUAUGUGUAUAUGUGUGUUACUCAUGAACGAGGGACGGUGGUCAAGCGACUCAGACCUGAAGAACGAAGUGGGUUCCACCAGAGUUCCAGACCAAAACCAGAACAGUCAUCAGCUUCGAAUGCUGGAGGAGGAGGAGGAGGAGGAGGGGGUGCAGGGAGGACACGCCCAUCUCCAUCAGAACCUCAACCAUGACUUCACAAACAACAAUGGAGCAGGAGAGGAAGAGGAGGAGGAGGAAGAAGAUGAGGAAAUGGAGAGCACCAGUGGAGCCUGUUCUCCUGAACUGAUACGAGAUUCAUCAUCGCUGAGCUGCAGUCCCUCAGGUCCUCUGAGUCCUGAGGAAAUCCCAGUUGGUGUUUUUUCUCCUCGUGAUCUCAGCCACUGUAUCUCUGAGUCUCUGAGUGUGUUAGAGGAGCGAGGAGACGACGCUGCACUGCCACUCCGCCUCCAUCAGAUUGCUGAGUGUCUGGUGCAAGAUGAAGACUAUGAGAGAGCCAUGCACUUCCUCCAGCUGGAGAGACUGUACCAUGAGAGAGUUCUCUCUAACAUCGCCAACCUGCAGGAGGCAUGGGUGAGCAGGUGGAGAUGCAGCAGGUCUGUAGGUAACUCUCUUCCUCACUGUGAUCUGAAUUCAGAACAUCUGGACAAACUGAAGCACAUCUGCAUGACUCACAGACAACCGUCAUGGAGCUCCAACACGUGUGAUCUGGUACACAGGAUCAGUGUGAACGGUGAGAGCUGUGUAGAGAAGAACAUCACGUCAGAAUCUCCAUGCAGCGACAAGUCGGGGAUGUUGAAGCAGGAUGAUGUUUCUCCCAGGGAGGGUGACCCUGACUGUUUGGCCCAACAGAGGCAGCCUACAAAUCUGUGUGACUCCGCCUCUAGUCCACCCACUUCCUCUCCCCAAACCACACCCACCUUAGUAAUGACAGAAAGCUUGACUGCAAACAUCAGAGAGAAAGUGGAGAAACAGAGCGAGAGAGAAGAAAAGAGUGAAGGAGAGGAAGAACAAGAGAUGGAGAGGACACCUCAAGAAGUUGGAAAGAAAGCAGAGCCUGGAGGAAUUGGAAAGGAGGCGGAGCCUGGAGGAGGCAGGGUGGAGGUGGAGCCCGAAAGAGGUGGGAUAGAGGCGGAACCUGUAGAAUCUGACCCAAAGAAAGAAGAGAUGAUAAAUGAAGGAGUGGAAAAAGUGUCUCACACUGAACUGGAUAAAGGAGCAGAGGAACAGGAAGAGGAAGUAAAUGAAACUGUGGAAGCUCUGGAGCUCGAGGAGGAGCUUCAGAGGCCAGAGGAUGCCAUGUUGGAUUUACUCGCCAAACGCAUCCAGGUGGAGGAGAUCACGCCUGCCUCAGGCCUUGUCUCCAUCCUGAAGAGAAGAGUUUGUGAUGGAGGGGACGACAUUUCCUCCACCAACAAACCACCCACUAAACGUAGAGUCCGCUUCCACGUUCCUGAGGAUGGCUUGGAUCAAGAUGAGGUAGGCGGAGACUCCUGGCUCCUCCUGCUCCUUUUGUGCCUGGUUACCGUGGUGAUCAGUGUGGGUGGGACUGCCCUGUACUGCGCGUUCAGCGACGCCCAGUCGAAUGUGUGUACAGACUUUUCACACAAUAUUGAUUUCUACAUGGGGAAGGUGCAGCGCAGCGUGGACGACAUCACACACUUCUUCUCCUCUUCUGGCUCAUAACCUCUAUCCCUCAAUUCCUCUCUCUGUAUCUCUCUAUUUCUCAAUCUCUGUCUCUCUCUCCAUCUGUCUCUCUACCUCUGCCACUGUCUCUCCAUCCCUCUGGAACAGACAGAAAAAGAGCGCUGUCUGGAUUAGCAGUUGAUGAUGUCACAACUCUCUAGUGGUGUUGAUGAUGUCACACAUUAUUCCAGGUGCAGCGUCUCAUUUAAAACCUGCUUUUUAAACUUCUUUAAAUUAGGUGUAAUUAAGAGAGAGGGUUAAUUGUAUUUCUGCAGUUUUUAUUUUUGGAGGAAAUUAGCAUGUACAUAUUUCAAGACAUCGAAGAGGGCGGAGCAUGUGACAUAGCGGUUGUUUUUGCUUCUUAGCAUAACAUUUGUUUUAAAUACACAGUUUAUUUGUUUAUCUGUUAUUAGCCUGCUACCAAACUUGGCUAGUUAUAUAAAGACACACAGCCGUAAUGUUAGAUUUGGCUAAAUAAAGUUAGCUGGCUAACGUUAGCCCAGUGUUAGCCAUUACGCUGUGUAACUAUAUUGUGUAUAUCUAGCUGAAGACGGUUGGUAGUGAUGUCAUCAUCCUGUCAGGUUUUGUGAUCGGUUAAUUGAAUUGAAGUUAAACCAUUUAUCACUGAAUAAGUCUGAAUGAGUCUUAGCGAA